AAGAUAAACACUUCAAUCAGCUGACAGCUGUCAGCUGACGUUCUCGGAAAUAGCUGCGUUUCAUUAAUUGCCAGAACGUCAUACAUGAAUGAAUGAAAGUGUAUAUGUAUAUGAAUUUUUUUUUUCCAUAUUGGCAACUCGGAAUAUAUUGGAACAUAUACAUAUAAGUAAACGUCAAAUCGUUAUCUCAACAAGUGCAAAUCAGUUAAAAGAUUGCAGUUCUAUUAUCUAAUAUUAUUUAGAAAGAAAUAAUUGUUAGGUAAUAUUACGGAAUAAAAGUGCAUUAAACUACAAGUGAUAGUCUGGAAAAGCACAGUAUACUUACAUCAACUAUUGGAGAGUGUACACUAUGGCAAGUGUUCCUGGUUUUACAAUAGAAACUGCGAAAGCUAUAUUGACAGAUAUUUUGACAGCACUGAAUACACCAGAGAAUUUGCAAAAGAUCACAGAGGCAAAAGAAAAUUCUGGCAAUGAAAUGUUGAAAAUGAUGCAAUUUGUAUUUCCAUUAGUGACGCAGAUUCAAAUGGAUGUCAUAAAAAAUUAUGGUUUUCCAGAAGGAAGAGAAGGAACUGUACAAUUUGCACAGCUCAUUAGAGCUUUAGAGAGAGAAGAUGCUGAAGUAGCACAAUUACAUAGUCAAGUUCGUUCAUACUUUCUUCCACCGGUUACAAUAAAUUCUUCGAUUGAAGCAUCUCUCUAAAAAAACAAUUCAGUCAUAUUAACAUAUUAUUAUGAUAGGAAAAUUUUGUAUGUAUAUUAUUUUUAUUAAAAAAUUACUUUAAUAGUAUAAAUAAGGAUAAUUUAUACAAGUUGAGAAAAUUAUUCCAUGCAUACUAUGAAAACAAAAAAUAAUUUUUUAU